AUGGUUUUCAAUGCCAUCACUUUCGGCAAAAGAAAUGCCAAGGCGCUGGGGCGAUUGGUCGAACGCAACCGAGCGUUCAAUUCUCUCACCCUCGACCUUAACCAGAGUGAGCCCUGCGUCGAUCGCAUGGUUCAGUUCCGCAAUAUCUGCCGGGAACUCAAGGAGGCGCUUCGUCGGAACCGCUUCAUUGUGCACAUAAACGUAAACUUAGGCAAUUCUAAUCUCUCCAACGACCCUGCCAUCAAGGAUGCUAUCAGGCAAAACUCGGCGCUCAUCAACCAAGCCAUCCGGUUCGUCAAUGGCUCCAUGGACAAGACUGACGCCCUGGCUUUCGAGACCCUGCAGCAUUGUCGGUCGGUGUCAAUAAGGAUGCACUCGCAUGGUGGCAUUCCCUCGAGUCAGCGCUCCAGAAGGUCGCCGAGGCGCGCAAAAGGCUCGCUUUGA